CUUUCAAAAUCUCCAUUUUUUCCCCCAUCAUUUUCUGGGCUUCAAUCUCUCCGAUCAAGACAUGGAUAGCGCAAAUCCUCAUCACUUCAACUUCCUGAGUGCGACUUUUAAGGUUGUGGUCUCAGUUUCCCUCUUCUCCUUCGUAAUCUCCCAGUACUCUUCCCUGAUUCUGCCUCUCCUCCUCCACUCCGCCGACGAAUUCUCCUCCUACUCCUUCUCAGUCAACCACCUCUUCCGCUACAGCUCCGACAGGAACAUCGUCUUCCUCCUCUGCAAUGGGAUUCUCGUUUUCAUCAUAACCAAUUCCGGAGUGAUCGCCCCGCCGCCCCGCAGCCGUGAAAGCCGCCGGGAAAAACCCGCCGACAAUCCUAUAGUUAUGGAAGUAAAAAUCGCAGCACCAACAGCAGAAGAAGAAGAAGAAGAAGAAGAAGAAGAAGUGGAAAGGAAAAAGGGAGAUGGAACUCAUGAAAGGGUAAUUUCCAUUCCUCAUCAUCAAGAAGAAGAAGAAGAAAGGAAGAAGGGAGAUGAUGAAAUAGUGGAGAUUUACAGUGAUAAUCACCAUCAUGAAGAAGAAGAAGAAGAAGAAAAUGAGGUUGGUUGUGAUGAUGAUGAUGAUGAUGAGCUGAAGAAGAAAUGCGAUGAAUUCAUAAAGAGGAUGAAACAAGACAUCAUGAGGAAGUAAUUUUUAAGAAUUAGAUGAUGAUGAUGAUGUUGUUGAUCGAGUGGAUAGAUAAGGGAGUUAAGCUUGUUUAGCCAAUAGGAUAUGAUGAUUAAGAAUUAGGCAUGUAUUUAUUAGUAUUCCUGUUCUAGCUAUUUUUUUCCCCUGUUUCCUUCUUUCUACAACUACUUCCCCUUUUUCGAAGGAAUCAAUGAAAGAUUUUUUAAAAUAAA